AUGCCUACUGGACUUGAUACACCUAUUGGACUUCGUGCAUGUGAGUGCAUCGCAGCCAAGGUCUCGAAUGCAACAGAUGUCUACUACCCUGGGUCCUUCUCAUACGAUGCAGACAACAAGCACUAUGCCAGCUCCAGCUCUCAAAGAUCAAGUUGCAGUGUAGAACCCGGAUCUGUCGAGGAUGUUGGCAUUAUUCUACGUAUACUGGGCAAGAUGCAAACGCCCUUUGGGGUUAAAGGUGGCGGGCAUGCCACCAACCCAGGGUUCUCAUCUAUGACUGGUGUCCAGAUUGCUAUGACACACUUCAAGGAUGUCACAUAUGACAUGGAGACCUGGACAGCAGUCAUUGGUGCCAGUAAUAUAUGGGAUGACGUCUACGAAGCCUUAAAUGCCCGAGGUGUCAACAUCCUCAGAGGGAGAGUGUCAGGGAUUGGCGUGGCUGGCUUCACUCUUGGUGGUGGGUAUUCGUGGCACAGCAAUCAGCAUGGCCUCGCCAUCGACAACGUGGUUGCAUAUGAGCUUGUUAUGCCUAAUGGUAUAGUCACAACUGUGACUGCAUCCACCGAUCUGGAUCUGUUCUUUUCGCUCAAGGGAGGAUACAGCAACUUUGGCAUCAUUACAAGAUUCACCUUGAAGACGUUCCCGCAGGGUAACAUUUGGGGUGGAACCACCGUGUACCCCCCCACCGUGAUAUCCACUUUCAUUGCAGCGGCAGCCAGAUUCUCUUCCGAUGUUACUGAUCCCAAUGGAAGCUCAACUCGUUCACACAGAUGUGCAAGGAACCAGCUCGUUCUUGCAACGAUCAUGAUGUAUGAUGGACCCGCCCCUCCUCGUGACAUCUUUGAUGACUUCUUGAACAUGGCAAACCUCCGCCUGGACGUCAAGGAACGAUCUUUUGUCGACCUAAUCAAGUCCACACAACAGUCAGUAAUGUCGAGUUUGGGAUCACGGGCCAUCUAUAACCACAUUCCCAUGUCCAACUAUUCUGAAUCUACAAUUGAAUGUGUCAUUGACAACCUUGGGUUCUGGGGUCCCACCCUAUUUGCACAUGACCCUUCCAGCUCCAUCUCAUAUGCUCUCGAACCUUUCCUUCCUGAUCUCUUCAGUCAUGCUCCUGAUGAUUCCUCUGCCUACCUGGGCUCACAGAAGCACCUAGUCCUUCCUACCAACAUCAUGUUACAUUGGGCAUUGGAGAGCAAAGACGGCAUGUUUUGUGAUGUCGCGAGGAAUACAAUGCAGAAGCUCGGGAUACUGGGCCUGCCAAGGUAUCUGAAUUACACUAUGGAGGAUACGCCGUUGGUGGAUAUGUAUGGUGAGGGAGGAUUAAGGAGGAUGGAGGCUACGAGGAAAAGGGUCAAUCCUAAGGGUGUUAUGCGGUUGACUGGGGGGUUCAAAGUGUAA